UGUUCGAUCGAAUCCCGAUAAGGAAAACCGCGCAACGGUGCUCGAAUCCGUGCGAACCCUUGCAACCACAAUGUGCAGUUCGGUGACCACAACCGCGAUGAAGCUCGCAGCGAAAGGAUACACUCUACGCCAGCGAGUGCGCCAGAAGUUAUGUCCAAAGAUUGUUGACGACGACCGGGACACCUUUCUGCGUGGUAUUCGUCCGUUUGUCAUACUCGGACAGGUGUUUGGCAUAUUUCCCAUCUACGGUGUUACCCGAAAUGAUCCGAAGAGAUUUCGCCUGAAAUGGUUCUCGCUGCGCGUCAUUCUUAAUCUAACCGUUGUAGUGACGGCCCUACUGCAAGCGUACUAUGAGUAUGGGCGGUUAAAGGCGAUCGGCAUUAACGCGAAGAACGUGAGCAGUUUAAUCUUCUUCAUUGAUGCCUGUCUAAUCAACGUGCUCUUUCUCAACCUGGCCACCAAGUGGCGCUCGGUAGCGAUGAAAUGGGACGAAGUAGAUGACACGUUUAACAGACCUCCGUACCACAUGCAGAGCUGGAGUCUCCGGAAGCGUCUGGGUGUUGUUUCUUUUACGUUGGUAUUUCUAGCCGCUGUCGAACAUAUACUGUCGAUUGUAAGCAAUGUGCACAAUCAGAUGGUGGAAAUCAAGUACUGCAACUGGACGGAGCCCAACUACUUCCAGCAUUAUUCUCUGCGUAGGUUUGCGAACAUUUAUCUAAACUUCCCCUACAAUAGCUUGAGUGCAGUAUUCUUUACGUACGUAUCUUCCGCACUGACCAUGUACUGGAACUAUCAAGACAUCUUCAUCAUCAUGAUCAGUAUCGGGUUGGCGACACGAUUUCAGCAGAUUAACAACUACCUGAAGAUACUGUCGGACGGAGUGCUCAUUCCUGGGGAGGACUUUUGGAUCCGAGUCCGCACCAACUACGUCGCGGUUUGCGAGCUGCUGGACGAUGUCGAUCGAGCAAUAUCGUGGACAAUGUUAAUCUCGUGCGCCACCAACCUGUACUACAUCUGUUUGCAGAUUCUGCAUGUCUCAAAGAAACUGGCCAACACUGUCGAGGACGCUUACUAUGGGUUUUCGCUGGGUUUCUUGAUCGUACGCACCGUCAUUGUGUUUCUGUCGGCAGCCCACAUACAUGACUGUGCGAAAAAACCAUUGGAUAUUAUUAUGAAAAUUCCCAACGUUGGCUGGUGUGUGGAGCUUGAACGAUUUUCUACGCAGCUGAAAAGCGAAAAGGUUGCCCUUUCCGGAAUGGGCUUUUUCAGUCUUACGCGGCAGCUGCUCUUUUCGAUGGCUGGAACAAUUGUUACAUAUGAAUUGGUUAUGCUGAAAUUCGACCAAGAAUCAGAGAGCAAGGGCAACAUACCGCUUUGCACCAAGUUUAGACGAUUCGAACACGUGUCUUGGGACUAUGCGACCGAUUCCAGCAAUGGCGUUCGCCGGUGCACGAUGAUUGAGGUCGGUUUCGGGUUUCGUAUGGUACCGGGGCCGGUGCGUUCAAGCAACGCAACCCGGCCCACCCGUUCCCGGUGGCACUGGUUGCGGAAGCGUGGCAACGUCACAUUCGUUAGGCCUGCCGCGGAGAUCGAUGAUCGGAAGGAGCGCUUCUAUCUGGCCAUCGCAUCCGUGCUGCGCUGGGCUCGGCUUUUCGGAGUGUUUCCGCUGUCGAACAUUACGGCCACCGAUCCGAGCGCGUUUCGAUUUCACUAUUUUUCACCGUACAUCGUGCUGAGCGCGCUCAGCAUUGUGGGCGGUUUGUUUAUUAUGGCGGCGGCGCUGGUGCGGCUUAAUCGCGUCGGCAUCAACGCGAUGAACAUUGCCGAACCGAUCUUUUUCGGGAUGUGCACGCUGCUGCAGCUGCUGUUCGUUCGAUUGGCCCAGGCGUGGCGUGGCUUUAUGGUGUACUGGGCCGAACGGGAAGAGAUGUUCUUUGCCCGCCCGUACGGUGCCAUUAAUUUGCGGCGAAAGGUGAUCGGCUUAGCGGUUUGCAUCCUUACGUCUGCAUUGGUGGAACACGUGGUGUACGUGAUCAACCAGGCGUACAACGUGUAUCAGGAAAGCUUGACCUGCCAGUAUAAUGUAACGAAUCCGCUCAAGCUGUAUGGCACUCUGACAUUCGGGUCGGUUUACCAAUCCGUCCCGUACCAUCAUCUCUUGACCAUGUACCUACUGUACACGACAAUUUCGCUUACAUUCAUUUGGACCUUCACCGACCUGUUCAUAAUGCUGGUGGCAACCGGUAUAGCGUGCCGCUUCGGUCAGCUAAACAAACGCAUCGACAGUAACCUACAAAACGGUUCUGAAGCAUUCUGGGGCGAAAUGCGAACACACUUUGUCGGGCUGAUCGAGCUGGUCGAGCGGACGAAUCGCAUUGUCGGCCCACUGCUGAUCGCUUCUUGCGCAAACGAUAUGUACUUUCUCUGCCUGCAGACUCUCAACGCGUUGGAAGAUAAACCGUACGACAUCAACGAUUGGUACUUUCGAUACUCGUUCACCUUUCUGAUAUUACGCACCUCCGUAAAGCUUUGGUUCGCAGCGGACGUGGACGAAAAUUCGGUACGAACGCACAAACUGGUGCAAAAGAUACGCAGUGAGCACUACAACGAUGAGCUGGAAAUAUUGCGCAUUUGCUCGAGCGGAUAUUUCUUACCACCACCACCGUCCAUCAGCAUGCCCGUCCCAACGCUGUACUACUUUCCGAUGAGCCCACCGGCCCGUGCGGUGUUGCUGCUGAUGAAGGAGCUUGAACUGCCGAUGAAUCUAAAAGAAGUGAACCCACUCGCCGGUGAAACGCGCACCGAGGAAUUCAUGCGCAUGAACCCGGAGCACACGAUCCCAACGCUGGACGACAAUGGCUUCUACCUGGGCGAAUCACGUGCCAUUUUGUCGUACCUAAUCGAUGCCUACCGUCCCGGGCACACGCUCUACCCGAACAUUCCGAAGGAAAAGGCCCUCAUUAAUCGGGUGCUGCAUCACGAUUUGGGCUCUUUCUAUCCCAAGUUCUUUGGCACCAUCGGUGCACUGUUUUCUGGUGCAGCGACGGAAAUUUCAGACGAAAUGAAAACCACCACCCAGAAGGCGCUCACUGACUUGGAGCACUAUCUGACACGGAACGAUUACUUUGCCGGGGAAAAUCUCACUAUAGCAGACCUUUCCCUGGUGCCGACGAUUUCUUCCGCCGUCCACUGCGGUUUGGAUUUGACCAACUAUCCACGACUAAACGCGUGGUAUGAGAGCUGCCGGGUGCUGAAAGGAUUCGAGGAUGAUCAGGAAGCUGCCCGUCAGCUGCGAAGCUUCCGCUGCAUCUACUCGCUGGUGUAUCUAGCACUGACCGGCAUUUACUGCACCCUCUUCAUCCGGUGGUACAUUAGGAAGGGACUGAACCUUGCCUACUUCGAAUGGGCUUUUUUUAAUGUGUGUGCGUGUCUUACCAUUUUCCCCUCAGCUAACUGCAUCUAUAUGGUGGUGGUGUACCUGUCGGCCUGGCUGUUUUUCUUCAUAGCCCUCCGCUGGCAGUCGAUACUGGGUGCGUUCAGUCGCUGUGAGCGUUCGUUUUUGAGCGACCACUAUCGCCGCCAAUCGAAGGGCCGCUUUGCACUUGGCUGGAAGAUACGGUUCACCGGCUUUGCCAUCUUUGCUCUGGCGCUAGUCGAGGACUGGCUGAACUACUACUCCGCGUACCAGAGCAACAUCGUACAGAUAGCUACGUGCAAUCGGACCAACGUGACGGUAUGGCAGAACUUUUACCUACGCGAGCACCCGCACGUUUUCCAUUGGCUACCGUUCAAUGGGUUUACGAUUGCAAUAACGGAGUGGAUCAACCGUUGCAUGCGCUACACUUGGACGUACCUGGACAUCUUCAUCAUCUCGUUCUGCUACGGUGCCCAGUUCCGGUACGAGCAGAUCUUUCGACGCUUGGUCGCCGUGCAGGGUAUCGCUUGUCCGACCAACUUUUGGCACGACGUGCGCAUGGACUACGUGGCCGUGUCGGAGCUGGUGCAAGUUUUGGACGCCCAGUUCGGACACCUGAUCCUGCUCGCCUGUGCGAACGAUAUGUACUUCAUCGCGACGCAGCUCUUCAAUGGGUUUCAACGCCGUAGAGUCAUUGCAAACUACGUGUACUUCUGGUACUCGCUAUUGCUUCUCAUGUUCCGAACGAUCGUGAUGCUUUAUGUUGGAUCGGGAGUGUACGCCGCCUCUACCAGCCCUCUUCAGCUGCUGCGAAACGUGCCUUCCCAGCAUUGGGGCAUUGAUGUGAGUUGGUCUGGUGAAUUAACGCGCCGAUCCCGAUCAACCAUGGAAUCGCCAGCAAUUGAUGACUUCCACCGGGCGGUGAGGCCGUUUCUGCUGAUUUCGCAAUUGUUUUCGCUCUUUCCGCUUGGCGGCUUGUACGGUCGAACGCUGCAGGAUAUUCGGUUUCGGUGGUUUGGGCCUGGUACCGUCUACAGCUUUUACUUCUUCCUGUCCGGGCUGCUCACGCUGGUGGCGCACAUUUAUUACAGCCUGACCGUGGACACGCUGGGCACCUCGGAAAUCAGUAACAUAAUCUACUACGUGCUGAAUCUGUCCGGAGCAAUCGUACUGCUGGCCAUAGCGGCACGCUGGCGAACGAUCAUGGAGAAGUGGCGCAGCUUGGAGGAAAACUUUCUGCAUCCUCCGUACGCCGAGAGACGGUUUUGGAGUUUGAAGCGUGUCGUCGCGGCGAUUGGCAGUACGAUGGUUGUGCUCGCUUUUGUGGAGGACACAUUGCACGUCGCCUCGGUGUACAACACCAACCUGCAGUACUUUAAGCGCUGCGACAACAGUACACCCUUCUGGACGCUGUUCUACCAACGCGAGCAUCCCAAGUUCUUCCACUAUUUGCCGUACAGCUUGCCCGCUGUGCUGCUGCUCGAGCUGACGCACAAGAUAUUCCUGUACGUGUGGACGUUUAUGGAUCUGUUCAUCAUUUUUGUGGCACUCGGGCUUGCCCGGCGGUACGAGCAGUUCUAUCGCCAUGCGGCCCAGUACAAGGGACGGCAUGUGAUGGGCCCGGUUUGGCAGCGGUUGCGGCUGGACUAUGGCCGGAUCUCGAGCUUGGUCGCGUACAUGGAGGGCAUUAUGGCACCGAUCAUCGUUUGCACUACCGCGUCCGAUCUUUACUUUAUCUUUUACCAGAUGUACAACGCUUUCCAGUUCUCUGCCUCACUCAUCUCGGAGUUGUACUUUAAAUUUUCACUCGCAUUUCUAAUUUUUCGAACGCUCGUUAUGCUGCUGAUCGCUUCCAACAUACAUGUGGCAUCGUUGCGACCGCUCGACAUCUUACGCUCCGUGCCGAUGAGCUGCUGGACUAUCGAUGUACAACGAUUUACGCAAGAGCUCCUGUCUGGUCGGAACUGUCUCUCGGGACAUGGAUUUUUCUUUCUCAAUCGAAGCGUCAUACUUGCGAUGGCAGGCACGCUUAUCACGUACGAGCUUGUGAUGUUGAAGGAGGUUAACCCGUCUUCGGAAAAGAGCGAUUUUUGUGAUGGUGUAAACUGGCCACAGCUUAUGUCCCGCUGGGUACAGCUUGAGCAAUCCCUGCCGGAUCAGCCGAGACUGAGCGCUGCCUGCCGCAGAAACGCACGACAGGUCGGGCUAGUGGCGACAGUUUUGCUCACCAGUGGACUAAUUGAACAUGUGCUUUCGAAGCCGGCUGGACUGCAUCGGGCCUACCGGUGUCCGAUCCCGAACCUGCUGGAAGCACACUACAAACAAGCGUUUCCGGAAAUGUUCUCCUUCGUGCCUUACAACCCAUACAUUGGCUUUUUAGCACAAACGAUCACGUCGCUGCUUACGGUGUACUGGAACUAUGUGGAUCUGUUCUUGAUAUCCGUCAGCGUCGGCCUCCGCACGAACUUGGCGCAGGUGAACGAUGUGAUCGCAAGCUCCGAAAAGCUGUACCAUCGAGGCAUCUUUUGGAAGGACCAAUGCACGCACUACCGGCGUGUACUAGGUUUGAUACGGCACGUGAACAAUCAUAUUGGCGUGUUUAUUGUCAUUUCUUAUGCGAGCAAUCUGUUCUUCAUCUGCGUCCAGCUAGUGAAUGUUUUCCAACAGAAUUCGUCUUUCAUCGUCACUUCGUAUUUCUGGUAUUCGCUGUUUCACCUUAUUGGGCGCAUUGUUGCCGUUUCCUUGUACGGUUCCGCAAUCCAUGACGAGUACUGCCGGACACGCACCCUGUUCUACAAUCUACCGGACGAGUACGGCUACACUGAUGAGGUCCAGCGGUUCCAUCGACAGGUCGAGCAUGACUCGGUGGCAUUGAACGGCUAUGGCUUUUUCUAUUUAACGCGCAAACUCAUUCUGAAGAUCGCAGCUACGGUCGUAACGUACGAGUUGGUUUUGACGCAGGUUAACGAAGCGGAAGCCAAAAAUGGUGACGAUAAUCCUUGCACUCUGCAGAUCGAUGAGCUAGUGAGCGAAAAGCGAAGGAAGAUGGGAUUUGCUGUGAGUGAAAACCACGAUACCAAACCACUAAUUCAACCGACCUGGCACACCUGCCUGAAGCGCUGGUGUGCGUCCUGGCUCCACUGGCCAAGGGUGCAGCGGCGGGCCAGUCGCGAGGAUUGGCUGUUCAAUGGCACCUUUCACGAAGCGUCCCGCGGCGUACUGAUGAUGGCUCAGCUGUUCUCCAUCAUGCCCGUCUGUGGCAUACUGGCGAAGGAUCCGCGAAAGUUACGCUUUUCCUACACGGCGGGCCGUACGUUCUACGCCUACUUUUGUGCGAUUGGCAUCGGCUUUCUCGCGACCAUGUCGGUGUACUUUUUCGCCAGCAAGCGGUACCACUUUCAGAAGAUGGUGACGGCGUUCUUCUACUGCUACAACCUGUAUGCCAUGUAUCGGUUCGGGCGGCUCGGUCAACGGUGGCCAGCGUUGAUGGUGAAGUGGGCCCGCGUCGAUGACUCGUUGCCACCGCAGAAGGGUCUAUUUGAGCGGGCGGUACUGGCGUACCGGAUUAAGCUCUGCUCGAUCAUGGUGAUGGCACUGUCGCUGUCCGAGCAUUUGCUCUCGAUCGUGGCGGCGGUACACUACUCGAACAACUGUCCCGCCGUUCACGAUCCGUACGAAGCGUUCUUCAAGUCCAACUUUGCAUUCGUGUACUACUACUUCCCGUACUCGACGUGGCGCGGCUUUCUGACCAAAUUCUUCAACGUGAUUUGCAAUUUUAUGUGGAGCUAUGUCGAUUUGUUUGUGAUCGUCAUCAGCAUGGGUUUGUCGCACGCCUUUCGACGCAUCAACGCCCAUCUGUUCCUGCACAAACGAGAGAAAAUGACGGAGCAGUUCUGGGGCGAACAGCGGCAAAAGUAUCGGAAUGUGUGCGAUCUAGUGACGACAGUGGACGAUCACAUCUCCGCCAUCACGAUGCUCUCCAUUUCGAACAAUCUGUUCUUCAUCUGCGUUCAAAUCCUCAACAGCAUGAACUCGCGACCCACCCUGGUGCACACCGUGUACUUCUGGUUCAAUCUGAUCAUUCUCAUCGGCCGUACGCUAGCCGUUGCCAUGUUUGCGGCGGAAGUGAACGACGAAUCGAAGCGCCCGAUCGAGGUACUGCGAACGAUACCGCGCGAGGGCUGGUGCCUGGAGGCGAAACGGUUCGCCGAGGAGGUGACGACCGAUACGGUCGCCCUGACCGGGCUCAAGUUUUUCAGCAUGACCCGCCAGCUGGUGCUGAACGUGACGGGGGCAAUCAUUACGUACGAGCUGGUGCUGAUACAGUUCCACAAGGACGAAGCAUCGGAUGUGGAUUUGUGUAAGCUAAAGCGCAUGGACACGUUGUAAGCGUGGUUCCGAAUUGUUGCUGCGCUUGUAUACGAUGAGGACGAUUGGUCGCUUUCCGUGUUUUUUUGUCGUUGGACGUCGUUUGCUGUUUGUGUAGUUUGUAUUCGAUGUACUCGUACCGUAGCCGUUCCAUGUUGAGUGUGAGUGUAGUGCCACUCCCGAGAGCUUGCCUCUAAUAUGGUUUCCCUUUUUUUGGGUUUUGAUAUAAUUUCAGGUUUAUUCGACCCGUUUGAUGACAAAUACUAAUAGUGUAAGCAUUUUGUUGCUUGUGUGAGCGUGCUUUGGAUGUUUGCUGUUUACUCUUUUUAUUGGCGUUCAUCCUUUCCCGAUAACCCUUCCGGAAAGGGGAAACUAUUUCCAGCAAACAGUGGGGAAAGACUGUAUCUUAUUUACCUCUCCAAAAACCCACGGUUCAAUUUUGAUCAUCUAGGCUUCGCUUCAAAAAUCAAACUCCGAACCAUCCUUCCUGGAAGCGUCUCUAGCGAGACAUCUUUAAGAGGGUAUUUGGUAUUAAACCGGCACCAUCCUUCGCUUCGGUAUCGGGAAAAGGGCUGAAAUCUAAUCGAUUGUAAACGCUCCAACCGAGCAUGCCGAGCUCAUUAAUAAACAAUCGUUUCGGUAUCAAUAUUGCAUACCGUCUGUGCUGUCUCGCCUGGAAUGCAAAUGUGUGAAAACGUGUACCAAAAAAAAAUAAUGAAAAAACGAUGCUUUGCCUGAUUAUCUGCAUUUUUUUUUUAAACAAAACCAGGUUACGGAGGGCCGAUAUUCAUCAUCUUUUCUCGAUAACUUUAUGCAAAGUUGAUUCUUCCGCUGAGACGAAAGACGCCGUCGGUUUAGUUCGCUGACCGGACUGGACGGGCAAAUGAAUGUGGAAAAUUUAAUUAAAUGGAAAUGAGCAGCAGCGGCAGAAUGGGUUUCAGUAUCGCCCGCCCCAAAUGCCCGAUCUCGUUUGGUGAUGAAAA